AUGCCUCGACGGUCCGAGGAACUCCAGCAGGUGAUUAAGGAGGUGACGUCACAGCUUGGGGAAGACGAAGAGGGAGGGGAUCGUGUCGCGCGAAGUGCGGAUAGCGACGAAGAGGCCCGCGGAGGGGGACGAGAGGAGGGGAAUGACGGGGGAAGCGCGGAAGCAAACGCGGAAGCAAACGCGGAGAUGAAUGCGGAAAGGGAUGAUGAAGAGACUCCUUCACGAGCGAGAGAAAGCGCGGCGGAGGAAGGGGAAGGCGGAGGGGAAUCUGCGGAGGGCGCGGAACGCGCGGAAGGCGGAGAGUUGGCGGGCGACGCGGAGGAUAAGCGAGAGAAGCGCGGAGAGGAGGAGGAAGAGAAGGCUGAGGCUGGGGAAGAGAAGCGCGAAAAUGUAGUCCCCCCCGCGGAUGACGACGAAGUGGCGGAGCGGAAGGCGGAAAAGGCGGACGCGGCUGAAGAUGAUGCCGGCGAGGGGGAGGGUGGGGGGAAGGCGGAUAGGCAGAGGAAGGAGAGGAGUGAGGAUGGUGACGAGGGAGAGGCGGAAACAGAGGGGGACGGUGAAGGGGACGGCGAGGGGCGGCGUGUGAAGAAGGAAACUCCGGAGAUUCCGGAGGCAGACGAUGGCCCGCGCGUGGAAAAGGAGGAGGAUGACGCGGAAGGAGGCGAUGAUGACGUGUCGAAGCGGACGCGCGGAAAGGGAAGGGAGCGGGGGGAGGAAGAGGGUGAAGAUUUGCUUGUGGAUUCUGCGGGGAAGCGGGGGACUAGGGGGGGAGAUGCGGAAGAAGGGGGAGAUAUCGACGUGGGGGAGGAGGAGGGAAAAAGGGGAAAGCGUGGUGGUGGGGACGAGGAGGAUGAGAGUGGAGUGAGGGAGAAGGGAGCGAGGAAGGAGGAAGGAGAGGAGGAGGACGGAGAAGGGAGGGAGAAGGGAGGGGAGAAGGAGGAAGAGAUUGGGGAGGAGGGUGAGGGGGGCAAGCGGAGGAUCACCGAGGAUGAUGAGGGGAGGAAAGGGAGUGAGGAGGGAGACGAGGAGGAUCGACCGCGCGCGAAGGCAGCAGGUGAUGACGCGAGGGAGGAGGGCGAAGAGGGGAUUAGGGUGCGAGAGAAGAAGAUCGAGGAGGAGGGAGAGGGAGAGGGUGAGGGAGAGGGAGAGAGGGAGGGAGGUGAUGAGGGGGAAAUGGGGGUGAGGAAGAAGGGGAAGGGGAAGGAUAAGAAGAAAAAGAGCAAGAAGGAGAAGAGGAAGAAGAAGAAGGGGAGGAAGGAGAGGCUUGUGGAGGGUGGGGAGGAGCUGGGGGAGAAGGAGAAGAUAGAGGGGAAGAGUGAGGAGGAGGGUGGUGGUGGGAGCGGUGGGGUGGAUGAGGCGAAUGACAUGGAGAAAUCGGAGGAGGUAAAUGAUGAGAAUCAGGUGCAGCGAGAAGAACGGGCAGAAGCAGCGGAGCUAGAUGGAAAGUUUGAUGCAGCUGACGCAGCCAACACAGCCGAUGCAGGCGGGGCAGGUGGGGCAGGAGAAGCAGGAGCAGCAGGAACAGCAGGAGCAGCAGGGAUGGAGGAGGAAAUGGCAGGAGCUGCAGUGACGCCGGGACAAGACGAGAUGAUUCCCGGAUCAGGUGUGACUGACCGCACCAGCACCGCCAGUGGGGCUGGUACAGUUGGAGGUUCGGAAGGAGGCUCGGAGCCGAUUACAGGCGCGGGGGUGGGUGGCGAUGUGUUCGGGCGGGCGGGGGAAGGGAGGAGCGCAGGUUCGGGGGAAGGGGGGAGCAUGGGCGCGGGGGAAGGCGGCAUGGGCGCGGGGGAAGGGGGGAACAUAGUCGUGCGCGACGGGGGGGGCAUGGGUGCGGUGGUGAGUGAGGAGGAAAUGGAGAUAUUGAAGCACCUGCAGGAGGAUGUGGCGGUGAGAAUGAGUGAGGAGGAGCAGAUGGAGCUGGAGGCAGGCGCUGUGGCGGAUGCUGAUGCCCACUCGUCGUACAUGCAGGAGGCGUGCAGGGAGGCAGGCGCAGUGGCGGACGCUGAUGCCCACUCGUCGUACAUGGAGGAGGUGAUGGGGAUCCGGAGGAACUUCAAGCCCACCCUCAUGGGCAUGAAGGACAAGGCGAGCAAGCACGUGCUGCCACACAUAUCCCAGAUCGCCCGCAUGUCCCGCCUCUGUUUCCUCUCCCACACAUCUUCUCCCCACUCCUUCCCUGCUCUCCUUCCCCCUCUCCUAUCCCCCCAUCAGGACAAGGCGAGCAAGCACGUGCUGCCACACAUAUCCCAGAUCGCCCGCACGUCCCGCCUGGCCUUCCUCAAGACCAGCUCGCACCUCACCUCACAGAUCACGCCCUACUUCGGCUCCUCGUCCCCGCUCCUCGCCACUCUCCUCUCCUACCUCCUCCUCCUCCUCCCCCUCGCGCUCGUCAUCGGUCUCUUCGUGCGCAUGCGAGCGGCCCUCUCUCUCCGCCGCAUCGUGCACCUGGCGAACCUCUACCUGUUCCUCUACUGCUUUGUACUCCUUGUGGCGUGCUUCGUUAUAAGCGCGGAGCCGAUGGCGAGUCUGAAGAAGGUCGCGGAGCAUAACUACUUUGUGCUGCAGCUGCUGCAGGGAGCGGGCUAUCUGUGCUACCUCGCCCUCCAGGCAAGGUCUCUCUCUCUCUCUCUCUCUCUCUCUCUCUCUCUCUCUCUCUCUCUCUCUCUCUCUCUCUCUCUCUCUCUCUCUCUCUCCAUCUCCUGUGUGUCAGAGGUGGGGCUCCUGCUGAUGGCCCCGGCGGGCCUGUCUCUCUGUGUGACGAUCCGCUCGUCCGAGAGAGGGCAGGGCAAGUUCAUUCGCCUGCGCGCUGUGUUGCAGCUGCUGGUGGCGCUGGGGGUGGGGCUGCACGCCUACAUCACUAUCUUUGAACGCGCCAUGCUCGACCUGCCCCCCAAUGCCUCUGCUGGCGCAUAUGCGAUUUAUGCUGCGUGCUUCUUCUUCCUUGUGCUUAUAUCGAGGGGCCCCAAGCGGCACGAGGAUAAGGACAAGUAG